GUUGUUUUCGGCCGUUCUCCGAGGACAGCGAAGCCUCUGGGAAGCUUUGGCUUGAGCGUCCGGUGAGGAACCUCCGUUUGUCAAGGGUGACCUCUUCCUCAACAAGCUUGCAGUACUACCUGUGGUCCCCACUACAGUCAUCAUGCCUCGUGGUCAGAAGAGCAAGCUCCGUGCUCGUGAGAAGCGCCGCCAGGCCCGUGCUAAAAAUGCACUGGAGGAACAAGCCUCUCCAGGUCCUUUCUAUGGGUGUCCACAUCAGGCUAUUCCUGUUGCCGGUAUGCCUACACCUCCCAACAUGCCAAUGGAAGAUCAUUCUAGCUAUUCACACACAUAUGCAAAUACAGGUGCCAAAAACCUAGAUGAGAAAAGUUCAGAUGACUCUGACAUUGAGGACUGGUGUAAAGAUCCUAUAAACCACAAAGUCGUCUUACUGGUACAGUUCCUGAUAGAGAAGUAUCAAAAGAAAGAGGUUGUUACAAAGGCAGAUAUGCUGAAGUGUGUUAUCAAAACAUCUAAGAACCACUUCAAUGAGAUCCUAAAGAGAGCCUCACAGCACAUGGAACUGGCAUUUGGUGUUGAUCUGAAGGAAAUAGAUCCAAACAAGCACUGCUAUGCUCUUUUUAACAAACUAGAACAUACCUUUGAUGGAGUGAUGGGCGAAGAAAAAAUGCCCAAUAGUGGCCUCCUAAUGAUUGUGCUGGGUGUGAUAUUCAUGAAAGAUAACCAUGCCCCUGAAACGGAGAUCUGGAAUGUGCUGAAUAUGAUGGGCGUAUAUGCUAAUAGAAAGCACUUCAUCUAUGGAGAUCCUAAGAAGUUCAUCACUGAAGAUAUGGUCCAGCUAAAGUACUUGGAGUACCAACAAGUGCCCGACAGCAAUCCUCCAUCCUUUGAAUUCAUGUGGGGUCCAAGAGCCCAUGCUGAAAUCAGCAAGAUGAAAAUCUUAGAGUUUUGGGCCAAGAUCCAUGAUACUACACCAGAUUCCUUUGCAACCUUGUAUGAAGCAGCUCUGAAAGAUGACGAAGAGCGAGCCCAAGCCAGGGCUGCAGCCAGGGUUCGCACUGCUAUAAUGGCCAGUUCAUAUUCAAGAGCCAUGGUGCCUAGCUCCUCCCAUGCUAAGUAAUAUAUAAGGCUAUCUCUUCACUGUUUGUAAAGGUCUGUAAGUUACCUAAUAGUAAAAGGUUAAUAUGCUAUGAAGGGGGCAAGUGCUUUUAAUAUUUCUAUUUCUCUUUUAUAUUAGUAACUUCCAGUUUUCCCUUUUUCCCUCAUUUAAUUCUAGGUUACACAUCAAAGUUUGAAGUAUGAGGAAGAUAUUCUUUGUGGAAAUUAAGAACAAUGGACAAUUUAAAUAGUAGAUGGACACUCUAGAAGGAGCACACUGAAUAUCAUUGUUGCAUUCUUCUGCCAUAUUUAAGCUUCAUCUCACUUUUUUUGUGUUAGAUUUCAGAUGAUUCUUUAAAAUUUUUCAAUACUUUUAAAAUGUAAAAUAAGUAAUGCAUUUACUUAUACAUUUAUUGCCUGAAGCUGUUGGGAGCAAGAGUCACUUUUCUUUAUGGGUGUGAUGACUGGUGUGUUCUCCAUGUCCCAGUAGAUGAACCUGGGCCCAUAUGGGUAGCACUAACUGGGCUUAACUUUUUUUUCUAGAAAUGUAUAGGAAGAAAGGGAGAGCUGUGCAUCAAUUUGAAUUUACCAGUUUGUUCGAUAUAAUGUUUUGUUGGCUCAGAGAGUAAAAUCUGUGUCAAAAUAUAGUCGAUGUUAAAUAACAUUGAGAUAGCAUAAAUGGAAAAAAAUGCAAGGAUACUUGGUUCUUAGUUUUCUUUAUUUCACUUCAUUGUAUACAAAUAAAAUGUAUGUACUUUGAUUGUUUGUUUUAGUAAGGAAUUUAGGUGAUAAUAAAGUUUUUAAGCUG